AAUUUAUGUAGAUGUCGCUGUAUACAUGAGAGUGACUGUUUUUCUCGACCUCUUCGAAAAUAAAGGGUAAAUCAAAACGUAUUUGGAUAUAUCCACAUUUCUGAAGCGAUUAAAUGGCUUUAGGAUAUUCAUGUAAUGAAGUUUUAUUGGUGUGAGUUGUAUUUAAAAAGAGGUGACCGGGAAAAUCAAUGAUUCUUCGUUCUUCAAAUAUUCAGAAUGAUUAUUGCGAAACACGUGUUACGAAAUUUAGAUAAACUAUUGUAAAUUUCAGUAUUUGUAUUCUGAUCAAUUCAGUUGUCAGUAGGAAGCGGAGCAUGGAGGCCAGAACUUUUCACUGGGUGGAUUACCUAGUUUUUGCCAUAUCGCUAUCAAUAUCAACAUGCAUAGGCUUAUAUUAUGGAUGUAUAGGUGAUAAACAAGCAACAACCUUUAACUACUUGCUGGGCAACAAAAGUUUAAGAAUCAUUCCGGUGGCUUUAUCCCUGCAAGCAUCAUUCUUAUCGGCGAUAUUUGUCCUGGGAACCGCUGCCGAAAUUAUGAUUCACGGGACAAUGUUUAGCUACAUCGCUAUUGCUUAUCUUAUAGCAUUUCCUUUGGCUGCACACUUUUUCGUUCCAGUAUUUCAUCGUUGCAAUAUAGUUAGCUGCUACGAGUAUCUUCAACUUCGAUUUUCAAAAAGUGUCAGGAGAUUAGGAUCUGCAAUUUUCGUUCUAAUGAUGGUUCUCUAUAUGGGAGUUGUUUUGUAUGCUCCUGCUCUUGCUUUAAGUCAAGUCAGCGGUCUUUCCAUGUUAUUAUCGUUGCUUGGCAUUGGAUUAAUUUGUACCUUUUACACAUCUCUUGGAGGUAUGAAGGCUGUUGUUUUCACUGAUGCCUUUCAGAUGAUUGUAAUACUGUUGGCUCUAAUUACUUUAUUGAUCAAAGCAUUAUUUGACGUGGGAGGUGUAUCAAAAGUUUUUGAUAUAGCCAAGGAUGGAGGACGUAUUCAAUUUUCCGAAUUCUCUGCCGAUUCAACAGUCAGACACUCUUUUUGGACUCAGGUUAUCGGGGGAUCAUUAAUGACAUUGUCACUUUACGGAGCUAAUCAAGCAAUGAUUCAACGUUAUGCUAGCUUGCCUAAUGCAAAAAAAGCGCAAGGGGCAGUUUAUUUCGCGAUGGUUAGCCAAAUUGUGUUCUUGAUUCUGGUUGUAUUUAUUGGAAUCGUUAUGUACGCCUUCUACUCCAGCUGCGAUCCCAUCAAAGCUGGAAGAAUUAAGCACAAGGAUCAAUUGGUUCCUCUAUUUGUAAUGGACAUCUUAGGCGAGUUUCAUGGAUUACCGGGGCUUUUUACUUCCGCCAUUUUUAGUGCUGCUCUCAGCACUGUUUCCUCAGGAGUGAAUUCGUUAGCGGCUGUUGUUCUCGAAGAUUUCGCCAAACCAGUUUUCAAAUGGAGACGAACAUUCAAUAUGACUGAUAAAAAUGCCACAUACCUGUCAAAAAUUAUUGCCGUUUUCUUUGGACUUUUAACAAUUGGAGUAGCAUACUUAACGAAAUUAUUAGGAAAUAUGGUUUUACAAAUAUCUCUAAGUGUUUUUGGUCUUGUUGGAGGUCCUUUAUUAGGCGUUUUUUUCUGUGGGAUCUUCUUACCAUUUGUUGAAUAUUUAGGUGCGCUUUUUGGGCUGGGUUGUAGUUUAAUUGUUUUAAUCAUUCUUCAAACUGGAUCUAUCAUCCAUAAAUUUCCUGUAACGCCUUUACCAGCUAAUAUUAGCGGAUGUAUAAAUGCAACCGUGCUAUAUGUCGGUGACAUGUCAACGAAGAAUACCUCCGAAAUUACAUCAUAUAAUAUCUUUAAAACUUCAUAUAUGUGGUAUACUCCAAUUGGUUGUCUUGUUUGCAUCCUUGCUGCAUCUACAGUGAGUUGGAUUCGAAUCUGUAUAACAAAAGAAAAACAAUUUAUCGACCCAAAUUUAACAUACGAAUGGCCUGAUAUUUCGUCUAAAAUUUUACCAAAAUUCUUUAAAAUCAAUCCGUCGAACAAUGACGAAAAUCGAAAGUCAUGCAGAACUAAUAAUCCAGAAAAGGAUACUGAAGAAAGUUACAAAGGAAAAGAAUCUCAUAAACAAGUUUUAUUAAAGAAUAGUCAGUCAAAUACUGAUAGUUAUAAAAUGAAGUUGAUGAAUUCAGAAGUAACAAGAGUUAACUCUGUUUGA